ACCGCGUUCUGAUUCACACUCGACGCCCCUGCUACCAGACCAAGCGCUGAGCCCACCUGGCCUCCGUUUCCCCUCUUCAGAGAAGGAGGAACCAUGCUGUCAGGUCUCUGGCUCCUCUGCAGGCCGCUCGGCCCCUCGCUGGCGUCCCUGAGCAGAGCGCUCAGCUUCACUCCCACUGCACAGGCCGAGGGUCCCCGCAUGGCGCCCCUGGCCUGCGCCCCUGGACGACUGCUGGCCACUGCGGCCUCUUCGGGAGACUCCGCGGGGCCUCCGCGGGUGCGCCAGAACUUUCACCCCGACUCCGAGGCUGCGAUAAACCGUCAGAUCAACCUGGAGCUGUACGCUUCCUACGUGUACUUAUCCAUGGCCUACUACUUUUCCCGGGAUGACGUGGCCUUGAACAACUUCUCCAGGUAUUUCCUUCGCCAGUCCCUGGAGGAAAGAGGGCACGCGGAGAAGCUGAUGUGGCUGCAGAACCAGCGAGGUGGCCGGAUCUGCCUGCAGGACGUCAAGAAACCUGACCAGGAUAACUGGGAAAGCGGGCUGCACGCCAUGAAGUGCGCCCUGGUCUUGGAAAAGAAUGUGAACCAGUCCUUGCUAGAACUGCACACACUGGCCUCAGGCAGAGACGACCCCCAUUUGUGCGACUUUCUGGAAACCCAUUUCCUUCAUGAGCAGGUGAAGUCUAUCAAAGAACUAGGCGACCACGUGCACAACUUAGUCACCAUGGGGGCCCCAGAUUCUGGCCUAGCAGAGUACCUUUUCGACAAACACACCCUUGGAAAUGUAAACAAGCAGAACUAAGCUACAGGCUGCCUUUCGCACGGUUCAGAGGAUCCUGAGACCUGGAGUCAGGUGCCUCCUGCUUCCUCCCCUUAAGAUUCACCUCCAUCUUUGCACUUUUCUCCUGUUAUGUUCUUC